AACUCAUCUCACAUGGAUUUUGUGGAUGCUUAACUGCUUAUUGUUUGUUAUUUUCCUUCUCUGCCCGUUGUCUUCAAUUCAACAGCAACCAAUUCCAAUGUAGUUGUAGUAAGAUAUCAUUAUCUGAACCACCACAGAAAUAUACUCCCCCUCUCUUUAUCUCUUUGGACUCUUCAGUAUCUCCUCUUUUUUCUCAUUCAUUUAUUAACAUUCAUGUUAAAACUCUGUCACCAACUAUAAAAAACUCUGCUAAAUCAAGCAAACAUCCCUCUCAAAUGGGGGUCCCUUUGUUUGUUGACAUUAAAAUCCCAGUGCCAUGAAUGAAAUGGAUUGGUUGGAGGCAAAUGGGUGGGUUCGUUUGGAUUGGUUCUCUGUCUUGUCUCUUUCUUUGAGUUCUGAGCUGUUCUUUUGUUUUCUCUUCAACCUCACCCGCCUUAAUCAACCACAUUCUUCCAAGCAACGACACGGAAACCAGUUUCUGUGAGUGAAAGAUAAAAUUUUGAGGGUUUUGAUAAAAAAACCCAUCUGUCUAUUUUGGAGGAAAGUAGGGAUAUGGGGUGUGUUGCUUCAAAGAAAGAUGAAGACGACAAUGUUGUUUCGCUGUGUAGGGAGAGGAAAAGACUUCUGCAAUUGGCUAUUGAAAGAAGGUAUGCCUUUGCUGAUGCACAGUGUAAGUACAAUCAGUCUCUCUGUGCAGUAGCAGCCGCUAUUAGGUUGUUUCUGGCCAGACAUUCCUCUUCUUCUUCCUCUGCGUUCCUCAUCAGUUUCCCUUCCAUUGAGCCAUUUAUGACCAACUACCCCACCCUUGAACCCAUUUCCGGUCAACCUGAGAGUCAAAAAGAAGUAAAAAAGACAGAAGAAAAACUUGUCAGUCACGAGGCAUUCCAAGAAAAAAAGGAAAGUGAAAGUGAAAGUGAAGAAGGAGAAGUGAUCUGUGAGCAUUUUUAUGAUGAUUCCAUUGCCCCACCACCAGAACCAUCACAAGGGAGAGAUUUUGAGUGGGAUUUUUUCUAUCCAUUUGAUGAAGUACUAAGAGAAGAGGUGGUGAAUAGAUUUAGUCAAAGCCCUGAUGACGAAUUGAGGAAGGUGUGGGAGAAAGAGGGGAUACCUGAGCUAGAGGAGGAGGGAGAGAGAGUAGUAAUGAAUGCAAAUAAUGGUGAUAUGGAUCAUGAGGAGAGUAAGGGAUUGAGAGUGAUGGACACACCCACAAACGGAAGGGAAUUGUUGGAAGCAUUGAAGGAUGUUGAGGACUAUUUUGUUAGGUCUUAUGAUUCUGGGUUGAUUGUCUCAAGGAUGCUAGAGGUCAAUAGAGUUCGCUUACUAUCUGGUUUGGAGGGAAUUAAAGAAAACUCGAAUAAACUCAUGUCGUCAGCUACAUUGAGCCGAUCCAUGUCGUUUUCUUCUUCCUCUUGUAGAAGUCUCCUUAGAUCUACCUCCAGAAGUUCCUCUAUGUGGACCGAACUGAACGAUGAUUUGUUUAAGGACUAUGGAGGAAUGGAAGCUGGUAGUCACUUGCUAACGCUAGAGAGGUUAUAUGCUUGGGAGAAGAAGCUGUAUGAGGAGGUUAAGGCUGGAGACAAAGCGAGAAAAAUUUAUGAGCGGAGAUAUUUUCAUUCAAAAAAGCAGGAGCAGGAUUAUAAGCAAGAUAGCAGGGAGAAAAACCAAGUCAAAGCAAAAGACUUGCAAUCCAGGCUCUUUCUGGCCAUAAGAAGGGCGGAAUCGAUCUCUGAAAGAAUUCAGACACUGAGAGACAAAGAAUUGCAACCUCAACUUGUUGAGCUACUACAUGCCCUGAAGAAAAACUGGAAGACAAUGGAAGAAUCUUACAAAACCCAAAGCCAAAUCAUUCUUGAAGUGAAAUCUUAUGACUGUCCAACUCAAGGCAAGUUCGGUACCAACUCUCACCAACUUGCCACACUUCAACUCAAUGCAGAACUUCAAAACUGGCGUGCCUGCUUUGCAUCAUAUGUUUCUACACAAAAGUCAUAUAUUGAAAUCCUUACUUGCUGGCUGUCUAAGUUCAUUGCGCCUGAACUUGAGUCCUCUACGGUGGGCAGGUAUCUUACUCCACCAUGGACAAUCAAUGGGCCACUCUUGCUGGUUAUCUGUCAUAAUUGGAUGGCUUACUUGGAGACAUUGCCUGAUAAGGCAGUAAUAUUUGCAAUGAAAGGCUUUGCAAAGGAUAUUCGAGCUCUGCUGGUUCAGCUAGGUGAGGAGCAACGGCAGAAGAAGAAAAUUGAUGGACUCGCCAAAGAGCUUGAGAGAAAGGUUUUAGCAGUCCAUAAAUUAGAAACCAGGAUUCUUGAGUCGAAUACAUUUGACCAGAAAUCAGAAGCAUAUCUUGAGAACCAAAAACACAUUUUGGAUAUGUUAAGGAAGAAACUGGAUUUGGAGAAAGCAAAGCACCUUGAUGACGUGAAAGAGACAAAGCAAAUCACUCUAAAAGGAUUUCGGACUGGAUUUUAUUCAGUUUUCGAGUCCUUGGCUGAGUUUUCAAAGGCUUCUGAGAAUAUGUAUGCAGGUCUAGUAGAAUGCAGAGAAAUUGCAAAUGCAGCAGAAGAAAUGGACUCCGAGCUCUUAGGUUAGAUUGGAUAACUUACGUGGGACACUAAAGGGGCUUCGGAGAUCUAAGGUUCUCGGAACCAGGUCCAGGUACUGUAUAGGUUCUCUGACCAAACUGUUAAAGCAAGCUGUUUUAGAUGGUUUAAAAUUUUCUAUUUUAGCCAAUUUUUUGUGUUACCUCAUGAUUACUUGAUCAAUUCAAGCACUUCAAUGUUUCAUUCACACAAAAA